CUCGCCAUCUAUCUUUCUCAUCUCGUUAUUUAAACCCAAUUCUUUUUUUUACGGACUAUCAUGGCCAACCCCUCCCACUCCACUUAGUUCCAGCCACUGUCCGGACCAGACUUUCGCGCAAAACGGGGCCCUCUCUUUUAGUCAGUCCCUCUCUCUCUCUCUCUUAACCUAAAUGUCCCUCACUACUACUGGGUGAAUUUACUUGUGAACCUGGGCCCUCCAACCAACAAUCACCCAGUCCUCUGCUCCUCCUCUCCUCUCCUCUCCUCUCCUCCUCCUCCACUAACAAUAAUCCACACCCACUACCACUAACUAACCACCACCUCCUCUUCCAUCUCUCCCAUCCUCUCUCUCUCUCUCUUUUUUCCUCCCCUCAUUUUCUCUUUCCUCUUUAAUCGCUUCUCCCUCGUACGUCAUUUGGGUUAUAUUUGUGGGAGCUUCUUCUUGUGCCUUUUGAUUCUCUCUUUCCCCCUCUCCCGCCCCCAUUCGACCUGCAGGCCCCUCCUUGAAAGUCGUCCCCUCCGGAACUCCCUUUGCGACCCUCCAAUCCCUGAACCCCUCUCCUCCUACUUCCCCCCUCCGAAUCACUCCUCCACCAACCACAACACUCUUUGCUCCCCCCCGACCGCUCCCGACUUCCAUCUGCCCGUCAUGUCGGGGAAAAUGACAUUGUACAAGUUGGUGGUACUAGGAGAUGGUGGUGUUGGAAAGACGGCCCUCACAAUCCAGCUCUGCCUCAAUCACUUCGUCGAGACCUACGAUCCAACCAUCGAAGACUCCUAUCGCAAACAAGUCGUCAUCGAUCAACAGUCAUGCAUGCUCGAGGUGCUGGACACGGCGGGCCAGGAAGAAUACACGGCACUGCGCGACCAGUGGAUUCGAGAUGGUGAGGGCUUCGUCCUGGUCUACAGCAUCACAUCGCGCGCCUCCUUCUCGCGCAUCACCAAGUUCUACAACCAGAUCAAGAUGGUCAAGGAGUCUGCCAGCUCCGGAUCACCCUCCGGCCCGAGCUACCUGGGCUCCCCCAUGAGCCACACAGCCGGUGGCCCACCCCUGCCCGUGCCCGUCAUGCUGGUCGGUAACAAGAGCGACAAGGCUGUGGAGCGCGCCGUCUCCGCACAAGAAGGCCAGGCCUUGGCCAAGGAGUUGGGCUGCGACUUUGUAGAGGCCUCGGCUAAGAACUGCAUCAAUGUUGAGAAAGCCUUCUACGACGUCGUUCGCAUGCUGCGCCAGCAGCGCCAAAACACACAGAAUGCCAAGGGCCGCGGCGGUGGUGCCCAGGGCUUCUCGGGUCACCGAGACCGUGAUGCAGGCCCCGAAUACCCCAAGUCAUUCCGUCCCGAUCGGCGACAUCGCAGUCGUAUCACUUGUGUUCUUCUGUGAUCGGCCGGGUCCGUCCGGGACAUGAGACCCGUCUUGAUGUUCGUUAUCUUUUUGUUUUUUGGUUUCCAGCUUUGAGGUUGCCUUACUCCUAUCAUGGUGAGGGCAGGCUGCCCUCCCUCCCCCUUUUGCACUUUGAUCUUGAUCGCUCGAUUUCUCUCUCUUCUCUUUUCUCCAUGUUUCUUCUUUUCUUUUCCCUUUUUUAUUGGUCUCGGGUGCAUUUUGGACGGGGUGGCUCUGUCUUUUGGUUUACGACCUCGUUCGGCGUCGGCGGCCCCUCUUCCUCGCAAACACACAAACAACCUUUUACUUCCUCAACCACGCAACCCGCACGCGAAUCCUCCAUCUGCUUUUGACUCUUGCUGCCGUUUGAAAAUCGCCCAGCCUAGUCCCGAGGUCCUCAGACGAUCUCACUCAGCUCCUCCCUCGCAAACGAGAAACCCGAGACUGUUCGGGUUCGGUGCCCGCAAUGUUUCUGCGCUUUGGGAAAUACAGUUUAACCUUCUUAUUGGCGCAGUGCGGGAAUUUGGGCUCCUGAAUUCCGGGCGCCGCAUCCACCACGGCUCACACGAACGCCACCGAUACCAAUCUUGUGGGCCGUGCUGUGGAAAAGGGCUGAACGAUGAACCGGCGAAUUUACAAUUGCUCAAGAUGAAUGGUGGAUUUCGUAUUGGGGGCCGAAGCAUUGCAUACUAUUAGGCGCAACCCGACGCCCGCAGAGAAAAGAAGAAAAAAAAAAAGCACACACACACACACACACACACACAUACACAGCUCUCCGGCGACGAAGCCACAAGAUCGCAGUUGCGCAUUAGCAGGCAUUUCGAUAUGAUACCCUACGACUAAGCUUGUUUCUGUUAUUUCCUUUUUGUUUUUUUAAACUUUUUCAUUGGACUACUUUUACUCUACUACUACUACUACUUCCUCUACUGUAUCUCUCCCUCUUGAUCCCAUAUCUCAGAUCUCCAUCUCCCCAUCUUGACACAUCCCUCUCCCCGCAUUUUCUUGCGUAUAUAGACCAAUAACCAAUAACCAAUCGGA